ACGCUUCAAUUCAUGAGAAACCCACAGACCACGACAGUUCAGAUAAAGGAUAAAACUCACAACUCACAAACCCAAAGAUUCUUUAUUAAGGUUUCCGGUAUUAUAGUUGCACAUUCUCGACAGAAGUGUGAUAAGAUUUCUUUAGUUCAUGAUUAAACCGUGUUUUGUCUUCUUUGACCCAGUCUGUGUGAUAUCAGUAUAGUUAACCACACACCCGGCUCUCAUGCACAUCACAUGCUGGGUUACACAUACGAACGCCAUAAAUCCUGCGCGAGAUAAGACUUAUAAAGCCACGCUUCAGAGCAGGUGGAAGAAACACUGCUGAUAUAUAACUCUGUCCGGUUCUGAGUCAUGAUGGACGCACUGAGUGUGAUUCUUCUCUUCUGCGCGGCUGUCGGGGUUUACGUGGUUUGUUCUCUGUAUUUUCUGCGCAAUCCUUUGAUUCUUCAUAAGAAGAAACGGCUGGAGUUCCACUGCAGACACAUUUCACACCGAGGAGGAUCUGGAGAGAAGAUAGAAAACACGAUGGAAGCUUUCACACAUGCGGUGUCUGUGGGCACUGAGAUGCUGGAGAUGGACUGUCACCUCACAUCAGACGGCUGUGUGGUGGUUUCGCACGAUAAAAACCUUCUGAGACAAACUGGAUACGACAAAACUGUGUCAUCUCUCAGAUUCCAGGACCUGCCUCUCUAUAAAGAGCGACUCGAGGUCACGUUUUAUGUUGGACACUACAGCACAGGGAAGGACAGAAAGUUUGUGUUGCUGGAAGACAUCUUCAAGAACUUUCCCAACAUGCCAGUGAUCCUCGAGAUCAAAGAAAACAACGAGCUGCUCAUCAGAAAGGUGUCUGAUCUCGUGAAGCAGUACGGCAGAGAGACCAUCACAGUCUGGGCUUCUGAAGAGUCUGGUGUUAUGGAGAAAUGUAAAAAGCAGAACCCGUUCAUGCCGUGUAUGUUCACCCUGAGGCGUGGAGUCCUGCUGUUACUGCUCUUCUACACCGGGCUGCUUCCCUUCGUUCCUCUGCAGGAGAGCCUGCUGCUCUUCUACCUGCCCAGCGUUAUCAACCGGACUUAUAUUCCAGAAGAAGCCAUCCUGAAGAGAAGAUUUGUGGUGUCUCUGCUCCAGAAGUUGACCAUGCGGAAAUCGUUGUUUGAACACUUGAUCAAGAGGGGCUUGCAGGUGCAGCUGUUCGUGUGCAACGAGGAGAGCGAUAUAGAAGCGGCGUUUGCAGUCGGAGCGACAGGCGUUAUGACCGACUAUCCCACCCUCCUCACAAACUACAUCAAAAAACACCCUCCACCUCCUGCUGUCUAUUAGUUCCUUCAGAGGAAC